AUGUCUACAAGACACUAUUUCGAUCGAACAAUGCCAAGAAAUAGUUUAGGUGGAUUUUAUACUUCAGCAUCAUCAGACAAUCGAGGUGCAUAUUCAUUACCAUCAAGAAGAUAUGGACAACAUUACCUACACGACACAAACCUUUUUUCGGGCAAGGCUUUUUCUUCUUCUUCUUCUUUCUCUUCUAUACAUCCAUCUUCAUCAUUCAUAAGUGCAGAUUCCUAUUCAGGACACGUUCGUGAACGAAGCGGAUCUGUACCACGAUCGCCCUCUAUUUCUCAAAUGUCCUCACCACAUUAUCAAUCAUCACUUGAUCUCGUAGCAUCAUCAUUGAAAUGUGAUGAUUGUCGAACAAAUGAUGGCCUUUUUCAGUGUUGUCAUUGUGAUCAACGUUUAUGCAUACAAUGUUGUAACAAACAUUAUAAAAACAUAACUGUUGAACUUGAACGUUUGCAUGAAUUAAGCGAUCGCCUUGUAGCAAAAAUUCUUCAUGCAAAAAAUGAUCUUGAACGACAAAAAAAUGAAGCACUUGAACAAUGUCAUAAAUGGCGUGUUGAUACAAUUAGUACAAUUAAUAAAGCACACACACUAAUUGUUCAAACAAUUCAUGAUGAAUAUGAAACACUUGGAAAAGAAUAUGAAUCAUUCGUUCAAAAAGGAAUGGCACAUAUUCAUGUUGAUCAACAUGAAUUAAUGCGUAUGAAAAAAAGUAAUAUUAAUUCACUUUUAUCAUCUUCAUCAACAGAUUCAACAAAUGCAAUUGAUACAAUACGAAAACGUAUUGAUACAUUUGCAAAAACAAUCGAUGAAACAGGAAGAUUCUCAUUUCAAGUUAGAUUACCAACAUUUUAUAUCGAUGAUAAUCUUCGUGUUGAAUCACGUUUUGGUGAUGUUACACGUAGUACAAGUGCAACAUGGAAAAAUGAAAGUACCAUUCCAUCAUCAUCAUUUACUGAUAGAUCUACUCAAGGUGAUGAACCAUCGAUUAAUGCUCAAUCAACUCAAACUGAUAUGCCAUCGUCAUUACCUACGGAUAAACUGAUUGAAGAAAAUGAAUCAUCGGACAAUAAUCAACCGAUUGAAAAUGAUAUAUCCGAUUCAUCAUCUAUUGAUAAAAUUACUGAAGACAAUAAGUUUUUAGAUAAUAUUCGACCAAUUGAACUUGACGUACAAUUAAAUGAUAAUAAAAAAGAUAUGUCGACCAAUGCUGAUGAUCAAAUUAUCGAAAUAUCUGAUAAACUAGAUACACAUGUAUAUACUGCUGAAUCUCAAGCAGUUGCUGUGUAUCCUGCAUCUUCUCCUUCUCCUUCACCUUCGCCAAAAUUUGAAAUCGAUGAUACUCAUCCAAUUUUACGUCCAUCAACACGUUAUGCAUUAUCUAUAGAAAAUAAUGUUGAACUUCAACAACAACAAUAUUUUUCACCAAAUUUUCGUGGUGAACGUUAUGAUAGUAGAUAUGGAACAGUUUCAAAUUUACCAAAUAUUUCAAUAGAAAGUCCUCUUGAUAAUCAUUCCUUAUCAUUAACAGCACUUAACGAACAACCAUCUAAAAAACGUGCCUAUCCAUUAAGUAAUGGAUGUGGCUCAUUUAAUAAUAAUCGUCAACCACAAACACAACAGACACUUCCUCGUCCAUUAUCACCGAAUUUUCCAAAUAAUGAUCCUGAAGAUGCAUUUCGUAGUAUAUCCUAUGUUCAAUUAAAACGCGAACAAGACGGUUCAUUAGAAGGUAUAGCUAUUCAAAUUGAACAAAGUCAACAAACUAAUGGAAAAGUACAAAGACGUCGCACUUGUAUGGAAUCAUGUGGUGUACGACGACGAACUACAAUUUUACCUCCUCGAUGUCCAUCAUCAAACAGAGAUCGGUCAUUAAAUGACCCACCUGGAAUUUCUUAUCGACCAAAUUCAAGUCCUGCUUCAAUUAACUAA